AUGGCCUUAUCCAGAACCACCAGCAAAUGGUGGGUUUUGGGGGAGACCACUGCGAUCAUUGAUUGGUGUGAGGAAAACUAUGUUGUUUCCAAGUACGUCGCGGAAUGGUCCAACACUAUUAGUAACUCGAUGUUCUUGCUCACAGCUGCGUAUUCCACGUACUGUGCGUACAGAAACGGGUUAGAACGCAGAUUUAUACUGAUAGGUUUGGGGUUUGCGUUGGUGGGUGUUGGAUCCUGGUUGUUCCAUAUGACUUUGAAAUUCAGAUUCCAGUUACUAGACGAAUUGCCCAUGGUGUACGCAACGGCGAUCCCAGCGUGGUCUGUCUUCUGCGAGUUCAAUUGGUCCACGUACAGGUAUCACACGGAGAAAGUGUCUCCUAAAAAGCAACUGUGGAUGUUUUUCGGGAUUAUGUCCUUCGUCACAGCGCUCACAUACGUUUACAUCAAGUACCGGAUUGUGCUUCUGUUCCAGUUUCUGUACGGGCUGCUCACCAUCGCAGUCGUGGCUAUAUCCACAUCCUUCGCAUACUUUAUGGAGGCUAAGGACCCCAUGGUCAAGAAGAACCUGUGCGCGACAAUGGGACUAGGUAUAGUCCUCUUCUCCGUUGGGUUUGUGUUCUGGGAAAUGGAUCAACUGUUCUGCCCCUUUUGGAUCCAUAUUAGAAGAGAGUACCUUGCCUUACCACUAGGUGUGCUACUGGAGAUGCAUGGAUGGUGGCACUUGCUCACGGGGAUGGGUGUUUACACUUACUUAGUCGCGUUGCAGUACUUAAGAGCACUUACACUCGGCGUCGACAAGGAUUUCACUUUCAUCUGGAGGUGGGGGGUUAUCCCAGAGAUUAUUAGAAAUGACCUCGCUAUCACUACGAAAUACUCCCUUGAGUUUUGGGGGCCAUACAUCUCCGAGGGUGACAACCACACCCAGGAAUCGUUGCCAUCGACUAACCGUGACGUCUCCGUCGCUCAGACUGCUGAUCCAAUGACAGGGGGGAAGGUGGUACAAACGGGGCAGGUGCAAGGAUGA